UCAAAACUUGACUACUGCACGCACACGGCUCGCGGGAGAAGUGGGACAGCCUCGGACUUUGUGUGUUUUUGUGAAGCGGAUUACCCCCUUUCUGCGUUACACAACCGUGCCGUGCCGAGGAGCCGAGGAGGAAGACAAGAAAGAUGCCGCUCCUCCACAGAAAGCCCUUCGUCAGACAGAAACCGCCGCUCGACCUCAAGCCCGACGAAGAAGUUUUCCUGUGUAAAGUCACACACGAGAUCUUCAGGACAUACGAUGAGUUCUUUGAGAGGACCAUCCUAUGCAACAGCCUGGUGUGGAGCUGUGCUGUGACAGGCAAGCCAGGCCUAACGUACCAGGAGGCCCUGGAGAGUGAGAAGCGAGCCCGCCAGAGCCUGCAGAGCUUCCCCUCAGCCCUGGUGGUCCCACUGCUGCACCUGGCCUCACUCACACACCGCACACGCUUGCAAGAAAUCUGUGAUGAUGUCUACUCCUACGUAAAGGACCGCUUCUUUGCUGGGGAGACGGUUGAUGUGGUGACCCACUCCGGAGUGAGACAGCAGUGUCGAAUCUUGGAGAUACAGUCUCCAUAUUCCAAUGGCGCAAUCAACGGGCACAUCAGGCACCGGAUGGAGGGGGAUGCCAUUGUCAUCAGUGACAGUGAUGAUGAAGGCAGCUCCGAUAUCAGGUCCCCCAAGUCACCUGCCAAUGGGAAGAAGAAAGUCAGCGCUAGUCCAUCUGUUUUUCUAUACAAAGUGCUGCCAAUUAAGACAGAAAACUGUGAACCACUGUUUGUCAGAGCUUCUCAAAUCAAUCGAAAGAAGAAUAUCUUCUCGCGGGACAGGCUGAAGCUUUUUCUGAAACAGCACUGUGAGCCUCAAAAUGGAACCAUUAGAAUCAAGGCUGAAACCAUUGCAAAAUACAGACUAUUGGAACACAAUUUCUCUUACUACUUUCCUGAUGAGCCUCCAGCCUUUGCUUCCAGUUCACCCGGGAAGGUCCGAGGGCGACGUUCCAAUGGCUCCUCCCCAGGAGAGAUGAGUUUCCUUUCAAAAGAAGGCAACACAAUGCGUACAGCAGAGAAAGUAAGGCUGUUGCGGCAGAAAGAGGAAAUGAUGGCCUUGGCUCUGGAGAAAGCAAAGAUGAAGAAGGAGAGAGAGGAUGCUUGGGAGGCCAGAAAGAGGGAGAAGGAAGACAAAGAGAGGAGGAAAGAAGAGAUGAAGAAAAUGGUGGAAGAGGUGAAGCAGAAAAGAAAAGAAGAAAAAGAGCGCAUGAAGGUUGAAAAAGAGAAGGAGCGGGAAAAGCUGCGAGAGGAGAAAAAGAAGUAUGCCGAGCGGCUGAAGCAGUGGAGCAGACGACGGGAAGAUAUGGAAUGUGAUGAUCUCAAGGACCUACCCUCACCAGUUCCGGUGAAAACACGACUGCCCCCGCAUCUCUUUGGGUAUGCACUUAUGGUUCUGGAGUUCCUGCAGGCUUUCGGGGAGCUUUUUGACCUGAAGGAUGAGUUCCCAGAUGGCGUCACUUUGGAGGUGCUGGAGGAGGCGUUGGUGGGGUGCGACCCAGAGGGACCACUAUGCGAGCUGCUGUUCUUCUUUCUCUCUGCAAUAUUCCAGGCCCUGGAAGAGGAAGAAGAGGAAGUUGCUAGAGACCAGCUGACAGAGGCAGACACCAAAGAUCUGACUGAGGCUCUGGAUGAAGACAGUGACCCUACGCAGUCAGCAAUCAGUGCAGUUGCAUCACUUGCUGCUGCUUGGCCUCAGCUCUACCAAGGCUGCAGUUUGAAACAGCUCGACUUGGACAGCUGCACCUUGUCGGAAAUCCUGCGGUUGCACAUCUUGGCUUCCGGCGCCGACUGCACCUCUGCCAAUGCCAAGUUUCGCUACCAGAAACAGGGGGGUUUCAGUGCCACAGAUGACCCCUGUGUAGAGUUGCGUUUGGCAAGCCCAGGACUGCUCAAGAAGUUGUCCUGCACUGCUGUCUAUGACCUGCUGCCUGGGGAGAAGCUGAAGAUUCUCCAUGCGCUGUGUGGCAAGCUGUUGACGCUGGUGUCCACGCGUGAUUUCAUUGAGGACUGCGCCGAGGAACAGCGGCAGGCCAAGCAGGAGCUUCGUGAGCUCAAGGCUGAGCAGCACCGCAGGGAGCGGGAGGAGGCUGCAGACAGGGUUCGAAAGAGGAAAGAAGAGAAGCUGAAGGAGCAGGAGCUCAGGAUGAAGGAGAAACAUGAAAAGCUCAAGGAAGAUGAAGAAAGGAAUGGUUCACACUUGCCAGAGGAAGCACCUGAGGAGAUGGAUACCAGCACAGAGAGCCAUUCUGGAGGAAAGGAUCACCACAUGGACGAUGAGGAGGGUCACGGAGGAAAGGAACACCACAUGGAUGAUGAGGAGGGUCACACCCAUCACCACAAGGCCAAGAAUACAAAAGCCACCAGUCAGGAGAAGAAGGCUCCUGAAGCCAAGGAUGUUCUGACGCCAGAAGAGAAGCAACAGAAGGAGAAGGACCUUCAGGAACGCAUCCAGAAAGCAGCCUCCUGUACUUACCUUCUGCCCCUGGGUCGUGACCGCCACUACCGCCGUUACUGGUUCUUUCCCUCUUCAUGUGUGCUCUUUGUGGAGGAAGACUUCUCUAACCUCACCGAGGACAUGCUUUUGCCCCAGCUGCCCUCCGAACUGCCAAGCGGGGGGCUUUCCACUGAAGAAUUGACAGAGCUCUCGAGUUCCACACCACAGUCAACUUCCACCUAUCGCACUAGCCCUCCUGUAAACCGACCCAACUUGUGGUCCUUCUACAGCUCUCCCGAGGAGGUGGAGAUGCUGAUUGAUGCCUUGAACCCUCGGGGUUACAGGGAGUGCUCCCUCAAAGAGGCAUUAUUGCAGGAGAAGGAGCGCAUCAUGCAGGUUCUCUGCAACUGUCCCAUCGACCGCUACCACCACCACCCAGAAGGAGACGGCAAAGGUGUACUGGUGAGACGGAGCAGCCCAGAGGGCCCAGAAGGCCUGUCUUCUGCUGAGCGCCACAUGGAGAACAGGCUCAAGGACCUGCUGCUUGACAUAGAGGAUCGAAUUUACCAGGGCACUCUGGGAGCUAUCAAGGUAAUGGACCGCAGUGCUUGGAGAGCAGCCCUGGAGGAUGGACACUAUGAGCUGCUGGUUCCUGACCUUCGGGAUAAUAAUGGAGUUAUAAAGGCCAUGAAUAAGGAUGUCUGUCCCAUGGACAUUGAAGAAAAUCCUGUAGGUGGAAAAGUGGGAGGGAAAGACAGGUUACAGGAGCUGAAGGGAGAGACUCUGAGCACUGCAUCCACUAGCUCCAGCACUCCUCAGCCAGUUAACAACUGUGUACACUUCCUUGCACGGGCGCUGGCCCAGAUUGAGCAGGGCAUUGAACGCAAGUUCCUGAAAGCACCACUGGGGGAUGAAGAUGUGAAAAAGGACCAGAAGACAAAGAAAAAGGAAAAGAAGAAAGAUGAUGAACAAUCAACUGAAAGAGAUGAUGGCAGCGACAGCGGGCGGGUAUGUAAAACUGUGCAGGACCGCUGGCGGGAGUCCCUGUUGGGCUGCUCUAGCCUGUCGCAGGUCUUCCUGCACCUCUCUACCCUAGAGCGCAGUGUCAUAUGGGCGAAGUCCAUCCUGAAUGCUCGCUGCAAGGUGUGCCGCAAGAAGGGCGAUGCUGAAAACAUGAUGCUGUGUGAUGCCUGUGACCGGGGCCACCACAUCUACUGCGUACGACCCAGGCUCAAGGCUGUCCCCACUGAGGAAUGGUUUUGUCCAGAGUGCCGCCCCAAGCAGCGCUCACGCCGCCUCACCUCUCACACGCGCUCCUCCAUUGACUCUGAAGAGCUAGAGUCACAAGAAGAAGAGGAGGAGAAAGAGGAUGAAGAAGAAGAGUCUGAAGAGUCAGAAGAUGAACAGGAGGAGUCCAGGGAAGAGGAAUCAGAGGAAGAGAAGGAGAGAAUCACCAGGAAGGGCCGAGCUGCAGUGAAGCUGCCUCCAGCCACCAAAGGAGGACAAGUGAGCAGCAGGUCAGCAUCCCAGCACACAGACUCAGGACGCUCUACCCCUAAGCAGAUCCCCUCUGUCAAGAAGGGAACCACCCCCAAAUCAUCAGGGAAAAAGGGAGCCACCACCUCAAAUAGCAGACCCCCUCCAAGAGCAGGAAGCCGGAGCAGUGCUCGACUGAACCAGGAGCUCCUUUCUACAGACUCUCCUGUGAGCUCCAGACCUACAGUCCAGCAGGCCAGCUCCACUCAGAACAAACAAGCCGAACGCCAAAAGAGACCUGCCUCAGAGAUGUCUCCCAAAGCUAAAGUUGUUCUGGUCCCCAGUUCUUCCUCUUCUAACCGCCGCAGUUCAGGCAGAAACCAGGGUGUCCAUGAACUGUCUGCCUGUGAGCAGCUCACUGUGGAGCUGGUCAGACACGAGGACAGCUGGCCCUUCAUGAAGCUGGUCUCCAGGACUCAGGUACCAGAUUACUACGACAUCAUCAAGAAGCCUAUGGCUUUGAGCAUAAUCAGGGAAAAAGUCAACAACUGUGAAUAUAAAACAGCCUCCGAGUAUAUCGAUGAUGUGGAGUUAAUGUUCAGCAACUGUUUAGAGUACAACCCACGCAGCACAAAUGAGGCUAAAGCCGGCAUCCGUCUGCAAGCCUUCUUCCACUCCCAGCUGCAGAAGCUCGGCCUUUGUCCCCGAGAAGGCGACCAGUCAGGCUCACCCCCAAAGCGCCCCAGAAUGUAACCUGCCAUCCACUUUCUUUUUGUUAAAGACAAGAAUCUCACAAGCUGAAAGGGCCCUACUGGAAGGUGUUGUUGGACAGGGUUAUAACCACUCCAUAGCGGUGGGGAGACAAUCGUGCUCCUCCAGUGUUUGAGAAUAUGCUUGCUGUGAACAGACCUGCACUGUAAAUGUUGAAAUCCAGUUAUUUUCAGUGAAAAAGUCACUCAGGACAAAAGUAACUGUGGUACCGGUUUUUAUAAACAGCGCAUUUAUUUGUAUAUUUGCUGCAUUUCUAGACAAGACUACUUUUUUUCUGCUGUAACUUCUGUCUUUAAAUGUUGUGUCCUGAAGGAAAACUAAAUGUUCCAUAGUGCUCAGUCCCAAUAGUUAAAACAAUGUUAUUUAGGUUCCAAUGUUUCAGUGCAACACUACAGAUGAACCUUAUUUUCUUCAGUGUGACUUUCUUACAUUGAGUAGAUAUUUAUUUAGAACCGAGAAUUUAUUUUUGAGUUUGAGGACCCGUUUGUAUUUAUGAAAAAAUAUUGCUAUAGAAUGUGUGCUUUUCUUGUUUUUUGUAAAGAU